AUGGACUAUUUGAACACAGGAGCAGAUGAAAAUAUUGAACCAGGAGUGCCAGUGAUACUGCCUCCCUCAUUCACAAGCAGUCCAAGGAAUAUGCACCAAUAUUUUCAGAAAGCCAUGUUAAUUGUUUCAAAAUAUCAUAAGUUAGACUUGUUCAUCACUUACACCUGCAACCCAAAGUACCCUGAGAUAGUUGGUAAUCUACAGCAAAAUAGGCCAAAUUUAGUUGCCCGAAUGUACAAGUCACACCUUGCAGAAUUUAUGAAGGACAUAAAGAAUAGAAACAUUUCUGGAACACCAGUGGCUCAUGUCCAUGUCAUUGAGUUUCAGAAGAGAUGUCUUCCCCACUGUCACAUGUUGGUAGUGUUGAGAAAUGAGAACAAACUCAGAAACAGUAAUGAUAUAGAUAGGAUCAUGACAGCUGAAAUUCCUGAUGCCAAUGAUGAUCCAGUCUUGCAUGAUUUAGUAAAAAAAUGCAUGAUACAUGGUCCUUGA